AGACUUUACAGAAUUCCCGUUGCUAUGACAACAACAAAAAUAAAUAAAUUAAUCGAUAAAACAUCACGAAUUAUUUUGUGAAUAAAAUUUAGUUUAAAAGGAAUUUAAUUAGCAAAUUACUUAUGAAUAUUUUAAAAAAGCCGAUUGAUUACGAGGGCUUGGAGGAGGAACUUGAAGAGGCUCUAAAAGAAGAUACUUUGUAUGAAUUACGAAACAGCGCAAAACUGAGAGCUGUUGAGCAACGAGUGCCUACUUAUGAACACUUUCGGCAAAUGGUGAAUGGUGCGCAUUUGAAACCACUAGAGCCGAAAGACAAAGCGGAGAAAACGAAAGUUUCUUGGAACCGAGAGAGUGGAAAUUUGGAGAUUCGAAAUUUUGAGGAAAAAAGGCUUGAUGGUUGUGAUAAAUUAUCUAAGAGUGGGAGAAAAUUUUUUGAGGAAUUCGGGCAGCAUGGUAACAAUAAGUUUAAUGCCCUGCAUGAUAACAGAGCCAAAUUGAGAGAGAUGUUCAAGAUAGAAUUACCCGCGGAUGUUUUGGGAGAAAUUUUAAGCGUUUGUCUAGAAAAUUUUGAUGGAAAUUCCGAAAAAAUCUUAGAUAUUCUUCAAGAGAUUAGCGAGUGUCGCAGAUUUCAACUGACCGCAACUUUUAUGAGCGAAAGUGAUAAGUUAAUUUGCGAAAAAUUGUUUUGCCAACUGAUUUCUGAAGGAAGUCCGGUUGAUAAACUUGCUAAUAAGUUCCAUGUGAAUUUUAAAGAUUAAAACUUUUUUCAAAAUUAAUAAUUGUAAAAUUUACC